GCAAGCCCGGAUGCAGAGGCACGUGAUUCGCGACUAUGGCGAAAACUUAUGAUUACUUGUUCAAGCUGCUUCUCAUCGGAGACAGCGCCGUUGGAAAAACUUGCAUUCUCUUCCGUUUCUCCGAAGACGCCUUCAACUCGACCUUCAUCUCAACGAUCGGGAUCGACUUUAAGAUACGCACGGUGGAGUUAGAAGGAAAGAAGAUCAAGCUGCAGAUAUGGGACACUGCAGGUCAGGAACGAUUCCGAACCAUCACAACUGCAUACUACCGAGGAGCAAUGGGAAUCAUGCUCGUUUACGACAUCACAAGUGUAAAGUCAUUUGAGAAUAUCAAGAAUUGGAUUAGAAAUGUUGAAGAGCAUGCAGCAGCAGACGUCGAGAGGAUGAUAUUGGGGAACAAAUGUGACGUGACGGAAGGACGAAAAGUCAGUAAAGAGAAAGGAGAAACGCUGGCAGCAGAGCACGGCAUCAAAUUCAUGGAAACGAGCGCCAAAACAGGCCAAGGAGUCGAAGAAGCCUUCCUCAUUCUAGCUAGAGACAUCAAAGCAAAAAUGGACCAAAAAUCGGAUCCGUUGAAGUCUGGUGGUGGUAGUUCGGGUGGACUGACGGUGGCGGCACAGAAGCCGACUGACAAACCUCGACGGUCGUUCUGCACUUUGAUAUAAACGAAUUGGACUGUGGGUCGUAUAAUAGCAGAGCACUGAGACGAGUGAUGGUGUAGAGAGGGGCCGCUCUGAUAGUUUUAGUGACAGACAUUGCGAUUUCGCUUCGUUUUUGUAUACAAUAGCUGCGGGUAUAUUGGGUAUUGUGUUUGGCACCUUGUGUUGUUGUAAACUAUGGGAGACGCAAAAACAAGGAAAGUGAUCGUUGUG